UCUCCCCUAGAACCAUCCCCUCGCCACUCCCCGCUUUCCCUGGCAGCGGAGCCAGCUCUCCCUGCUGUGGUUUCGGGGAAGUCAGAUGACCUUUUCUCUCCGUUUGCUCUCUGUCCUGUCCUGGAUACCAUGGCCCCAUUGCUGGCCCUCUUCUCCCUGCUAGUGCUGUGCCCAGGCCUGUCAGCCAGCUCGUGCCCUCAGAAUGUCAAUAUCGUCGGCGGUAAUUUCACCCUCAGCCAUGGCUGGGCCCCUGGGAGCCUCCUCACCUACUCCUGCCCACUGGGCAGCUACCCAUCCCCACCCUGGAGACAGUGUCAGAGCAACGGACAAUGGCAGACCCCAAGGUCUAGCUCGCUGCCCACCCUGAGAUCCCCUCGGUGGGUCAAAGCAGUCUGCAAACCCGUUCGCUGUCCAGCCCCUGCUGUGUUUGAGAACGGCAUAUACACCCCCCGGCUGGGGUCCCACCCCGUGGGUGGCAACCUGAGCUUCGAGUGUGAGCACGGCUUCACUCUGCGGGGCUCCCCUGUACGGCACUGUCGCCCCAAUGGCGUGUGGGAUGGAGAGACGGCUGUGUGUGACGAUGGGGCUAGCCACUGUCCCAACCCGGGCAUCUCAGUGGGCACAGUUCGGACAGGCUCGAGCUUUGACCUUGGGGACAAGGUCAGUUACCGUUGCUCCUCAUCAAACCUGGUGCUGACUGGCUCUGCAGAGCGAGAGUGUCAGAGCGGUGGGGUGUGGAGUGGGACAGAGCCCACCUGCCGGCAGCCGUACUCUUACGACUUCCCCGAUGAUGUAGUGUCUGCCCUAGGCACCUCCUUUACCAACCUGCUGGGAUCCACCAACCCCAUCCAGGAAAGGAAAGAAAAUCUGGGCCGUAGAAUCCAAAUCCAGCGCUCCGGUCACCUGAACCUUUACCUGCUGCUCGACGCCUCUCAGAGCAUAUCGGAAAAGGACUUUAACAUCUCCAAGGACAGCGCCUCCCUCAUGGUGGACAGGAUCUUCAGCUUUGAGAUACAGGUCAGCGUCGCCAUCAUCACCUUUGCUUCUCGGGCUAAGGUCAUCCUGUCGGUCCUGAAUGAGAAAUCCCGGAACGGGCUAGAGGUGGUCAACAGCCUAGACAGCAUCCGAUAUAAAGAUCAUGAAAACGCCAGUGGCACCAACAUUUACGAGGCUCUGAACAGUGUCUACAUCAUGAUGAACAACCAGAUGGAUCGACUGGGCAUGGAGACCUCUGCCUGGCAGGAAAUCCACCACGCCAUCAUCCUUCUGACUGACGGGAAGUCCAACAUGGGUGGCUCUCCCAAGCCAGCAGUGGACAACAUCAGAGAGAUCCUGGGCAUCAAUCGCAACAGGACCGACUACCUGGACAUCUAUGCUAUUGGGGUGGGCAAGCUGGACGUGGACUGGAAAGAACUGAACGAGCUGGGCUCCAAGAAGGACGGCGAGAGGCACGCCUUCAUCUUGCAGGACGUGAAGGCGGUGCAGCAGGUCUUUGAGCACAUGCUGGAUGUCUCUAAGCUCACAGACACCAUCUGUGGGGUGGGGAACAUGUCCGCCAACGCCUCCAACCAGGAGAGGACCCCUUGGCACGUCACCUUUAAGCCCAGGAGCAAGGAGACCUGCCGGGGGUCCCUCAUCUCUGACCAGUGGGUGCUGACAGCCGCUCACUGCUUCCAUGACUCUCCGAUGGAGGACCGCCACCUGUGGAGGGUCAUCGUGGGGGACCCUGCCUCCCAGCACGGCAAAGAAUUCCUUGUGGAGAAGGCGAUAAUCGCCCCAGGGUUUAAUGUCCAUGCCAAGCAGAGCCAGGGCAUCAAGGAAUUCUAUGCUGAUGAUAUUGCCCUGCUGAAGCUGGCCCAGAGAGUGAAAAUGUCCACCCAUGCCAGGCCCAUCUGCCUUCCUUGCACUUUGGAGGCCAACAUGGCACUGCGGAGGCGCGGCCAUACCACCUGUAGAGUCCAUGAGACAGAGCUCAUGACCCAGCAGAAGGUUCCCGCACAUUUUGUGGCUUUGAAUGGGAAACAACUGAAUGUUAAGCUCAGGACAGGGCCUGAGUGGACAAGCUGUGUCAAGGCCGUCUCCCAAAACAAAAACAUCUUCCCCAGCUUGACAAACGUCAGUGAGGUAGUGACAGAGCAGUUCCUCUGCAGCGGGAUGGAGGGCGACGACAAUCCUUGCAGAGGAGAAUCCGGGGGAGCGGUUUUCCUUGAGCGGAGAUACAGGUUUUUCCAGGUGGGCCUGGUGAGCUGGGGUCUUUACGACCCUUGUCAAGGCUCCUCCCUCAGGAACUCUCGAAGGAAGCCUCCCCCGGGCACCGAGCCUCGGGACUUCCACAUCAGCCUUUUCCGCCUGCAGCCCUGGCUGAGGCAGCACCUGGAUGGGGUGUUGAACUUUCUGCCCCUGUAACAUGGUCACUGAGUCCUUUACUGUUCAGUCCCUCCUGGCCGCAGCCUCCGAGUGUCCUCACUCAGCUGGGGAAGCCCCAGGGUUGUGCCUGGACCACUGUCCCAGCCUCCUCGCCCUGCGCGUGUGCGAGUCUCCUCCUAGUGUGCACCCUGGUGCUCCUUUCUCCUUCACAUGGAAUUUCCCAGUUAUGAAAUUAAUAAAAAGUCAGUGAUUUCCA